CAGCCCGACAUGCUGCCCUGUAUUAUUUUCAUCGCCUUGUUUGUCACUGCGGUCCAAUCCCAAGAUAUCCAUCCCUCACAGGCAUCAUCCACGAUUAGCGAGUCUUGUGACUCCCUGUGCUCCUGCGAGGGGAAAGAUGGCAUCCUUCAUCUUAACUGCGAGCAGAGAAACAUCAGCAAGAUCUCCCAGAUCAAAGUCCGGGCAGGUGUGCCCUUCCACCUGAACCUUUACAAAAAUGACUUGGUUGAGCUGCGUGCAGAGGAAAUGGAAGGGCUUAACAAUGCCCUGUCGCUGCACAUCGGGGGUAACAGCAUACAGGAGCUGGAACCAGGGGUCUUCAGCACUCUUAGUUCGCUGAAGAAACUCCACAUCAAUAGCAAUUUCCUCGUCACCUUGAAAGAGGACACUUUUCAAGGCCUGGUGAAUUUGGAGUUUCUCCAGGCCGACACUAAUUUCAUCCGGGUCAUCGAGCCGGGGGCAUUCAACAAGCUCAUCCGCCUCAAGGUCCUCAUCCUGAAUGAUAAUUCCAUCGAGUUUUUGCCCAACAACAUUUUCCGGUUCGUGCCCCUCACACACCUGGACCUGCGUGGAAACCAGCUCCAGACACUGCCCUAUGUCGGGUUCCUGGAGCACAUCGGAAGGAUAAUGGAACUUCUCCUCGAGGACAAUGACUGGGUCUGUGACUGUGACAUUUUACACUUGAAAAUAUGGAUGGAGAACAUGAGGGCCCAGUCGUCAAUUGGGGAUGUGGUCUGUAGCACGCCGCAUCACCUGAAGGGAACCAUUCUGGCAAAGGUGAAGCGGGACGUCCUGUGCCCGUCCCACGCGGAUAUCAACCUGGAGGAGCCGUCAAAGUCACUGGAUAUGGUUGUAACUCCCUCGUCCAAAGUGUCUCCGAAUCCCAAGUUGAUCAACGCCAAAGACGACGCCAAGGCACCGACCCCCUCCCACUUUCCUGGCAGUCCUUGUGUGGAACACUGCUCCUGCCACAAUCACCCCGUGGCUGGGUUUUUGAUGCAUUGUCAGGACAGAGGAAUCCAAAAGGUGUCAGAUAUCGGAAUACUUCAGCAGAGCCCCACAAAGCUGGUCAUGACGGGAAAUAUGAUCCAGAAACUCUUGAAAUAUGAUUUUGUCACGUACGAUAGUUUAGAAUUGCUCAACCUGGCGAACAACAGAAUUGAUUACAUAGAUAAUGAGACCUUCCUCAGCCUGAGCAGUUUGAAAAAGCUCUACCUGAAUGGCAACAGGAUUGAAAAGCUGUUCUCCACAAUGUUUGUUGGGUUGCACAACCUUGAAUACCUGUAUCUGGAAUACAACCUUAUCAAAGAGAUCGCUCCGGGCACAUUUAAUCCCCUGCCAAACCUGAAGCUCUUGUCAUUAAAUAACAACCUGCUAAGCUCUCUCCCGGCGCAGAUAUUUCGCAAUGUGCCCCUCACCAAGUUAAACCUGAGGAAAAAUCUACUUAUGCACCUGCCAGUAAGCAACGUGCUUGAUCAACUCGACGCACUCGAGCAGAUUUAUUUAGAGGACAACCCCUGGGACUGCAGCUGUGACUUGCUCAGCCUCAAACAAUGGGUGGAGAAGCUCAGAAAGGACACUGUGGUAGGUUCCAUUUUGUGUCACACCCCAAAGAAUGUGAUGGAGGCUGAGCUGAGAAGCCUGCGUCAUGAGAUGCUGUGUCCUGGUUUAGGGACAUACUACCCAGGUGAGGAGGAGAGUGUGACAGCCACGCUGGGGCCUGACAGCAUCGGCAAGGGUUUUUUCAGCCCACUCACGGACACUGUCCCACUCUCUGUGCUCAUCUUGAGCCUCCUUAUUCUCGCUCUUAUGGUUAUAUUCUGCUCCGCCGGGCUGGUGGUGUUUGUGGUUCACCGGCGGCGAAGUAGGGCCAAGAAAAAAGGGGCGGAGGAGCAGCCAAGAGAAAACACCAACAGUAGUCCCAUCCACUUACAUUACAGCAUGUAUGGACAGAAAACCACACACCACACGCUGACCCAAAGAACUGGGUCUGCAACUCUGUAUGAGGACAGAUCACACAGCCCCAUUGUUCAGAUCUGCCGCAACCCCACCUACUGCUCGCAGCACAAGGAACAUGACGCAGAUUUGGAUUAUAGCCUCGACGAGCCCAGCGGCAAGCAUCACGUCUGCCGGAGCAUCAUGGAGAAAGAGAACACUUCUCCCCUGACGGGGAACCCCGGCUCAAAGUUCAGACCCAUGACCGGAGAGUGCCCUGCAGAGUUUGUCACGCUCGGGAACCCCAACUACAUGUACAGGAACAUCCUGGAGAAGGAGAAGGAGCUGCAGCAGCUCGGAAUAACCGAGUACCUCCGGAAAAACAUGCCCCAGCUUCAGUCCGCUGUGGACAUGCAUGUCCCGGGACACCAGGAGGAGUUAAAGCUGAUGGAGACAAUUAUGUACUCGAGGCCGCGCAAGGUCAUGCUAGAGCAAACUAAGAAUGAGUACUUUGAACUUAAGGCUAACCUGCAUUCUGAGCCAGACUACUUGGAGGUUCUGGAGCAUCAAACUACAUUUAAUUGA